AUGCAGCGCUUAAUAGUGUAUCUAGUCUUUAUAGUACUAGUACUUAGUUAUGUAAUAAACGGACUAAAAAUUGAUAAUCGCAAGAAAGUUGUCAAAAAUAAUGCAAAUAAGGUUGCUUUAAGGACAAAGGUUAAUUUUACAAGAAAUCACACUGUGAGGCCUGUAUUCAAAUUUUCUACGACUAGUGCACCAAAGGCUAUUUUUAGUACUGUUAAGCAUGGUGAAUUAACAGCUACUAACAAAUUACCAAUUACUGAUCUAGAAUUAGCUGAUGCUGAAGCAAGAGAUCGUCCAAAAAAGAAAGGUAAACAUAAAAUGAAUCGCGCAGUAAUGGCACUUCUUCUGGCAUACAAGCUAAAAUUUGCUGCUCUCAUUCCUUCAAUCAUAAUGGGCCUAUUCUUACUGCUCGGUACCACUGGACUAGCUGGCUUCUUCUUCGCACUGUUCGCCGCCAUACUUGGACUAAAAGGCCAAUAACCAAAUAAUAAACCAUCAAUAUAAGUCACAUAAGUAACUACAUCAAUAAAAAAAAAAAAAAAAUGUAAUAAGGGAAUAAUAAAGAAAAAAUAAUUCGCUAUUGUACAAUUUAUUGA